AUGUCUUUGUUCUUCUUCUUUGCUGUCCUGGUGUCAGCCAUCUGUGUUUUUGCAGCAGACCAUUUGGUGACCGUCGGUGAUGGAGGAAUGCUGGCAUUCAACCCAACAAGCAUGACUGCCGUCCAAGGAGACACUGUCACUUUUUCAUUUCUGCAACACAAUCGACGUUCGCCUCUCCCUGCACAAAAUCUGGCAUCGACUCGGGUUUCGUCCCCAUCACCAACAGCACUGUCUUUGGCCAAUGGACAUUCACCAGUCGACAAUUCCUCUACCCUGCUGUGGUUCUUCUGCACCCAGAUGGGUCAUUGUGAGAAGGGCAUGGUCUUUGCGGUUAAUCCCACCCAGGACAAGACCUUUCAGGCAUUUUUGGCUAAUGCGCAGGGGAAUGGGACGGCGGGUUGGGAACUAGGUCUUCUGUCUGCUGCUCUCCCAAGGUUGCGCACGAAACCUCCAGGGGGAGAUUAUUGCGCAGUAGCCUUGCGAUGGAACAUCAGUCGAUCAUUAAUGCAAGAGUGGGAAUACCUGACACAUAUGAUGGAACAAAGGGACCAGUGGUUUAUUCAUGAACUGAUACAGACAAAUGAGGUAUCCUCCAGCAUGAUGUCCCCAUGA